GAUGUGUACAAAAGGGCUUGGUUCCAACCUCGCCACACUGCGUAUUCCAGUAUUAAAGGAAAUGAACUUAACACAGAAGAAGGACAUCUCGCUUUAACGAGGCCAGAAAAUGGCAUUCUCAUCCGUCACGAAGGCGAAAGAAUAUCUCAAAGGAUUUAGUAAAAUAUACAGCAAUUGCUAUAUGCAAGAUGAUUGUUCUGUUAAUAUAUCCAGUGUAUACGAAGAAACGCGUCCUAAGGAACCAGAAUAUUUGGCUCCGUUACGUGAAUGGGAAAAGAAAAUGGGAUUUGUAACAGCAAUUCGUUGGACGAGCGCUGUGCCUAUCGUAAUCUUCCAUUUGAUUACUGCUUUAUCAAUAGCUUAUGCUGUUAUUGCAGGCAGUAUACCCAAAUGGCAAACAUUUCUGUUUGGAUACUUCAUGGGUCAAGUGGCAGGAUUCGGAGUGACUGCCGGCGCACAUCGCUAUUGGACGCACAGAUCAUACAAAGCCACUUUUCCGCUGCAAAUGAUCCUCAUCAUCUGUUAUUCCGUUGCUGGUCAGAACAGUAUUUAUAACUGGGUGCGGGACCAUCGUAUCCAUCAUAAGUUCUCCGAAACGUCAGCUGACCCGCACGACGCUCGUCGUGGCUUUUUUUUCUCCCACGUGGGGUGGCUGAUGAUGAAGAAACAUCCAGCAGUCAUCAGAGAAGGAAGGAAGAUAAACAUGAGAGACAUAGCCAAUGAUCCGCUCGUCCAAUUCCAUACGAAGUACUUUGACGUCUUCAAAUUUGUCUUCUGCUUUUUUCUUCCGACGUUGAUACCUGUGUACGCUUGGCAAGAAACUUGGACUAACGCUAUUCUAUCACAGCCUAUAUUGAGAUACGCUUUAAGUCUCAACUUCACUUGGUCAGUCAACAGCUUCGCUCACAUUUGGGGAAAUAAACCUUACGACAGACACAUAAGCCCUGCUGAAAACUGGGGGGUAUCCGCCGUAGCGAUGGGUGAGGGAUGGCACAACUAUCACCACACAUUCCCGUGGGACUAUAAAGCAUCAGAACUGGCAUACAUCAACAAUGUCACAACAAGUCUCCUCAAUCUAUUCGCUAAAAUAGGUUGGGCGUACGACUUGAAACAAGCUUCGCCAAGUCUCAUUAAGUCCGUUAUAAACAACAGAGGACCAACUCAUCACCACUAACCACGGUAUUUAAAGAUGCAAAACUUGUGGCGGCUUGAAGUCAGGUGAAGAUAAGUAAUAAGCGCAUGCAUCAGUAAUCCAGAUGGUAUCUAAUAUUUUGUUAUGUACAUCUUGUCGUGCGAAAUUUCGAGCCACCGUAAAGUUUGGAUGGCACUAUAUUUUA